CGAGCCCCUGCCGUUUCUCAGGGUGGCGGCGGUGGGCGGGGUCUGCGCGGGGAGCAGCGCGCCUGUGCGCGCGCGCGCGUGUGUCUGUGGCUGUGUGUGUGCGCGCGCGCGCGCCGCGGGGCGGGCCAGUGAAGCCAGCGGCGCUGCGGGCACGUGAUCAGGCCCGGCUCGGUGGCUUGGUGGCUCCGUCUGUCUGUCCGUCCGCGGGUGCCAUCAUGGCGGACGCGGCCAGUCAGGUGCUCCUGGGCUCCGGCCUCACCAUCCUGUCCCAGCCGCUCAUGUACGUGAAGGUGCUCAUCCAGGUGGGAUAUGAACCUCUCCCUCCAACAAUGGGACGAAAUAUUUUUGGGCGGCAAGUAUGUCAGCUUCCGGGUCUCUUUUCUUAUGCUCAGCACAUCGCGUGCAUUGAUGGGAAGCGUGGAUUGUUCACAGGCUUAACUCCAAGACUGUGUUCAGGAGUCCUUGGAACUGUGGUCCACGGUAGAGUUUUACAGCAUUACCAGGACAGUGAGAAGAUUGAGGAGGUAGGACCUGGAAAUGGACAGAAAGAAACCUCAUCUUCCUUUGACCGAGUUAUUAAGGAGACAACUCGGGAGAUGAUGGCUCGAUCUGCUGCUACUCUGAUCACACAUCCCUUCCAUGUGAUCACUCUGCGAUCUAUGGUACAGUUUAUUGGCAGAGAAUCCAAGUACUGUGGACUAUGUGACUCCAUAGCAACAAUUUAUCGGGAAGAAGGCAUCCUGGGAUUUUUUGCGGGCCUGAUUCCUCGCCUCCUAGGUGACAUCAUUUCUUUGUGGCUCUGUAACUCCCUGGCAUACCUCGUUAAUACCUAUGCACUGGACAGUGGGGUUUCUACCAUGAGUGAAAUGAAGAGUUAUUCCCAAGCUGUCACAGGAUUUUUUGCCAGUAUGCUGACAUACCCUUUUGUGCUUGUCUCUAAUCUUAUGGCUGUCAACAACUGUGGGCUUGCCGGUGGGUCCCCUCCUUAUUCCCCACUCUACACUUCUUGGAUAGAUUGCUGGUACAUGCUGCAGAAAGAGGGAAAUAUGAGCCGAGGAAAUAGCUUGUUUUUCCGGAAGGUCCCCUGUGGGAAGACUUACUGUUGUGACCUGAAAAUGUUAAUUUGAAGAUGUGGGGCAGGGACAGUGACAUUUCUAUAGUCCCAGAUGCACAGAAUUAUGGGAGAGAAUGUUGAUUUCUAUACAGUGUGGCGCACUUUUUUAAUAAUCACUUAAUCUUGGGAAAAUGGA